UCGGAGAGGUCAGGUGAUCAUUUCCAGCGGAGCAGCUUUCACUACGGACACUUUUCCCCCUGAAGCCCCGAGUAACACACACCCAAAGAUGGCUGACACCAACCAACAAGCCCCCCCUCCCAGUGUGGGGCCAGUGCAAUUUCUGAUGAGCAACAAGCUGGAAACUGCGAUGUGGCUUUCCCGACUCUUCACCGUCUACUGCUCUGUCAUGUUUAUCCUCCCAGUGCUGGGACCCUACGCAGCUGCUAACUUCUAUCAGAGAGCCUUGCUGGCCAACGCCCUGACCAGCGCCCUGCGGCUGCACCAGAGGCUCCCUCGCUUCCAGCUGAGCAGAGCGUUCCUGGCCCAGGCUCUGCAGGAGGACAGCUGCCAUUACCUGCUCUACUCCCUGAUCCUGGUCAACUCCUACCCCAUCACCAUGAGCAUCUUCCCAGUUUUCCUGUUCUCGUUGCUCCAUGCGACCACGUACACAAAGAAGGUUCUGGAUCAAAUGGGCCCCAGCAGCCUGAUGUUCGUCAGAAACCUUCUGGACAAACUGACCUCCAAUCAGCAGAACAUCCUCAAGUUCAUCGCCUGCAACGAGAUCUUCCUGAUGCCGGCCACCGUCUUCAUGCUCUUCAGCGGCCAGGGAAGCUUGCUGCUGCCCUUCAUCUACUACAGAUUCCUCACUCUGCGCUACACCUCCAGGAGAAACCCGUACUGCCGCACCUUGUUCACCGAGCUGCGGAUCCUCCUGGAGCACUUCAUCAUGAAGCCCGCCUGCCCCGCCUUCUUCAGGAGGAUGUGCCUCAGCAGCAUCGCCUUCAUCAGCCGCCUCGCCCCCACGGGGGUUUGAUCACACGGACAUUUUACUCCCUUCACACUUGUCCCGUUUUGUUUUGUUUUUUUUUUUUUUGUUAGGUUUUUAUUUAGUUUUCAACCAUGUAAGAUGUGACUUAACUCUGAUGGGGACUGAUACUGCCAUCAGCAGAAGGAACGCUCUCUUGAAUGUCACCUCCGACCCGACGGCCAGCCGCUGGUGCACUGAAGUGUUUCUUCACCCAACCUCCUCAUGCGACCUCACUGAAGCGGUGGACUGAGUCCCUGAACGCAGCGCGGCACGCUGAAACUGUGCUCCUCCUGUGUCGCUUGAUGUUCUUUCUCCCUCGACGUCAUUAUUUAUUCAUGAAGAUGCUUAUUCUAUUCUAACAUUCUGAGAUUAGUAACUUAAUGAAAUUGUUCAUAUUCUUAAUGUUGUACUUUACUUUGGCAUUUCUACUUGAUUUCUUCUGUGUGAAUCAUCCGAUGUCCUGAUUUGUCUAGAUGCCUAACAUUUAUCAAUGCCAUCAACUCACUCUUAAAAAUGUGCAAGAGUUUUGUAGCUGCUGUCAAAAUAGGCGUUAAACUGAGAAACAAAACUCCUGCUGUAUAUUUUAACAUUUCUGCUGUAGGAUACACGUUUGAAUUGAGUUGCCUGGUGCAUGUGAUGCUUCUGAAUGCAUGUUGAACUUGUUUCUCAGUUUGAAAACUGUUUUGAGUUUGCUUUGUUUGUCCACUCAUUGCUGUAGGGUCCUGAUGCUUAAUGCAUGCUAUGAUUUGUCUCUUUUCUGACAUUUUAACGUGUUCAUUUGCCUAUUAGACAAAGUGCAUUUUUUUAAUUGAGAAAAAGAAUUGAUCUAAUUAAAUCAAUAUGAUAUGAAAUAA